AUGAAAAUUACAGUAUUCUUUUUACGUUCAUGAAGGUUUUUAACAUGUGGAACUAAACUUCUCUAUCUUUGGACUUCAUCACAUACAAAUUCUAUUCCUGGAACAGUCCCCACAAAAGGAUAUGUCAUGGAAAGAAUAGUGCUACAGGUUGAUUUUCCUUCUCCUACGUUUGAUAUUAUUUAUACAACUCCUCAAGUUGACAGAAGUAUUAUACAGCAACACAACUUAGAAACACUGGAGAAUGAUAUAAAAGGGAAACUUCUCGAUAUUCUUCACAGAGACUCAUCACUUGGACUUUCUAAAGAAGAUAAAGCCCUUUUGUGGGAUAAACGCUAUUAUUGCCUGAAACAUCCAAAUUGUCUUCCUAAAAUACUAGCAAGUGUCCCAAGUUGGAAAUGGGUUAAUCUUGCUAAAACUUACUCAUUGCUUCACCAGUGGCCUCCACUGUACCCUCUGACUGCAUUGGAGCUUCUCGAUUCAAAAUUUGCUGAUCAGGAAGUGAGAUCCCUAGCUGUGACCUGGAUCGAGGCCAUUAGUGAUGAUGAGCUUACAGAUCUUCUUCCACAGUUUGUGCAAGCUUUGAAAUAUGAAAUUUACUUGAAUAGUUCAUUAGUGUGCUUCCUUCUGUCCAGAGCAUUGGGAAAUAUCCGGAUAGCACACAAUUUAUAUUGGCUCCUCAAGGACGCCCUACAUGAUGCACAGUUUGGUACACGAUAUGAACAUGUUUUGGGUGCUCUCCUUUCAGUAGGAGGAAAAGGACUCAGAGAAGAACUUUUAAAGCAGGCGAAACUUGUACAACUUUUAGGAGGAGUAGCAGAAAAAGUAAGGCAGGCUAGUGGAUCAGCCAGACAGGUGGUCCUCCAAAAGAGUAUGGAACGAGUACAGUCCUUUUUUCUGAGAAAUAAAUGCCGUCUUCCUCUCAAUCCAAGUCUAGUGGCAAAAGAAUUAAAUAUUAAGUCAUGUUCCUUCUUCAGUUCUAAUGCUGUGCCCCUAAAAGUCACAAUGGUGAAUGCUGAUCCAAUGGGGGAAGAAAUUAAUGUUAUGUUUAAGGUUGGUGAAGAUCUUCGUCAAGAUAUGUUAGCUUUACAGAUGAUAAAGAUUAUGGAUAAAAUCUGGCUUAAAGAAGGACUAGAUCUGAGGAUGGUUAUUUUCAAAUGUCUGUCAACUGGCAGAGAUAGGGGCAUGGUGGAGCUAGUUCCUGCGUCAGAUACCCUCAGAAAAAUCCAAGUGGAGUAUGGUGUGACAGGAUCCUUUAAAGAUAAACCACUUGCAGACUGGCUGAGGAAAUAUAAUCCCUCUGAAGAAGAAUAUGAAAAGGCUUCUGAGAAUUUUAUCUAUUCUUGUGCUGGAUGCUGUGUAGCCACCUAUGUUUUAGGCAUCUGUGAUCGACAUAAUGACAAUAUAAUGCUUCGAAGCACAGGACACAUGUUUCACAUUGACUUUGGAAAGUUUUUGGGCCAUGCACAGAUGUUUGGUAGCUUCAAAAGGGAUCGGGCUCCUUUUGUGCUGACCUCUGAUAUGGCAUAUGUCAUUAAUGGGGGUGAAAAGCCCACCAUUCGUUUCCAGUUGUUUGUGGACCUCUGCUGUCAGGCCUACAACUUGAUAAGAAAGCAAGCAAACCUCUUUCUUAACCUCCUUUCACUGAUGAUUCCUUCAGGGUUACCAGAACUUAGAAAUAUUCAAGAUUUGAAAUAUGUUAGAGAUGCACUUCAGCCCCAAACUACAGAUGCAGAAGCUACAAUUUUCUUUACUAGGCUGAUUGAGUCAAGUCUGGGAAGCAUUGCCACAAAGUUUAACUUCUUCAUUCACAACCUUGCUCAGCUGCGUUUUUCUGGUCUUCCUUCUAAUGAUGAGCCCAUCCUUUCAUUUUCACCCAAAACAUACUCCUUUAGACAAGAUGGUCGAAUCAAAGAAGUUUCUGUUUUCACAUAUCAUAAGAAAUACAACCCAGAUAAACAUUAUAUUUAUGUAGUCCGAAUUUUGAGGGAAGGACAGCUUGAGCCAUCAUUUGUCUUCCGGACAUUUGACGAGUUUCAGGAACUUCACAAUAAGCUCAGUAUUAUUUUUCCACUUUGGAAGUUACCAGGUUUUCCUAAUAGGAUGGUUCUAGGAAGAACACACAUAAAAGAUGUAGCAGCCAAAAGGAAAAUUGAGUUGAACAGUUAUUUACAGAGUUUGAUGAGUGCUUCAACGGAUGUAGCAGAGUGUGAUCUUGUUUAUACCUUUUUCCACCCUUUACUUCGUGAUGAAAAAGCUGAAGGAAUAGCUAGGUCCGCAGAUGCAGUUCCCUUCAGUCCUACUCCAGGCCAAAUAGGAGGAGCAGUAAAAUUAUCAGUCUCUUACAGAAAUGGUACUCUUUUCAUCAUGGUGAUGCACAUCAAAGAUCUUGUUACUGAAGAUGGGUCUGACCCAAAUCCAUAUGUCAAAACUUACCUACUUCCAGAUACCCACAAAACAUCCAAACGUAAAACCAAAAUUUCACGAAAAACUAGGAAUCCGACAUUCAAUGAAAUGCUUGUGUACAGUGGAUAUAGCAAAGAAACCCUAAGACAGAGAGAACUUCAACUAAGUGUACUUAGUGCAGAAUCUCUGCGGGAGAAUUUUUUCUUGGGUGGAAUAACCCUGGCUUUGAAAGAUUUCAACUUGAGCAAAGAGACAGUUAAGUGGUAUCAGCUGACUGCAGCAACUUACUUGUGAAUUUCUGUGUUUUGGAAGCAAGAACAGUCAAAAGCGUGUGUGUGCACACACUUGUGAACAUUGUAUAGUGUUUUUAUACUUGAACAGAAAUUAUAAAGUUAAAUGUACUUGCUGCGUUUCAACACAUCUUUUGGACCAACAGUCACAUAACUGACCUUUAUGAAUUUUAGGAAGCCAUUGCUGUUUUAAAGUCAUUAUGUAGAAUACUACAAACCCUAAACUUAAUAUAUAAUAAUAUGUUCUGAAAAAGACUUUGAGACAAUACUAUGUCAUUUCAGCCACUAUUUUGCAUUGUUUCCUAUAUAGACACAGCAUAUUUGUUUUCCUUUUAUGCACCUUUUACAGCCUUCACCACUGUGUAUAUUCACAAACACCAAAGUAAAGGAAAGAUGCAGGAUAUUACCAUAAAAUACAGCUGCUAUUCACAGGGCUGAAAAGCAAAGCACAAAUAGGUAGCUAUGUUAAAACUACUAAGUAGUUUGUAGAAGUGGGGAAAAUAUAAUAUUGCUUUUUAUUCAUGUCUUUAAAGUCUUUUUCAGAGUAAGUGCCAAUCACUGAAGUUGUAAAUAAUGGUGCCUUAACUUUAUGUGCUUCCCUGGCACUUCAUUUCUGAUUUUUUUCUUCUGAUUUAAUAAAUAAUUAGUAAGUAGUUUUUACUCACUUUCAACUUACUAAAGACAAGAAAUAGUGUAUAAGUAUUAAUGUUUUUCCUACAAAUAAAUCAUUUAUUUCUGAUGUGUGACUUAUUUAAACAGUCAAGCCAUUUGAUUUAGUUUUGGUUGCCCAGUAACUGAAUGAGAUUCAUCAGUAUAGUUAUACAGUAGAUUCCAUCAUUCCAUUAUAAUCCUACAUUUAUUCCCAGGGGUGUGAAUCGAAGUUUGGUAAUUUCACCUCCAUAUAUCUAUACUCUACUCCCUCAUUAAACAAGUGAAAAUUUUUUAUCCAUGUGCCCAUUCCUGAGUAGGGCAUACUCUUCACAAGAGGCCCAGAACAAGAAUUCUAGGGUCCUGACUGAAUUUAUAUACCUUUAUGGGAAAAAAAUCUUAUAAAUUGUCUUACAUAUGUAAACAUUGUACAUUUACACGAAAGAAUUAUUUUCCUUAAUGGGAUUCAGAAUCGUAAGGGACAGGAUUGAAAUUAUUAUACAGUAACCAUUAAGAAUAAGAUCCAUUUUUAAUAGUUAUUCAACUUCAGACAUAAGUUUUACUUUUAAUAAAUAUGUAUAUAUAGUAACUCUCAUGAUUAGAAUAGAAGUUCAAAUACUUUUUAUUUUGGUGACUGGCCUGCAUGGGGAUCCGAACCCUUGACCUUGGUGUUACCAACACCAUGCUCUAACCAAGUAAGCUGACCAGCCAGCCCUCAGAUACUUUUUAAAUGGUAAUAGAGAUUGUAGCAAUCUGGUUGCUGUGAGGAAACUGACAAAAUAUGCAAUGAAGAGUAGCAAGAGAGAAAGGACAAUCUCCAAUUCAGUUGCCCAGAACAGAAUUUUUAUGAACUGUGCAAAUGUUUAAUGUAAACGGUGUGAUACCUGCAAAACAGAAAUAAAAGAAUUGAGGAUAUGGCAGUGGAACAGGUUGGGAAAAAAAAAUAAAACUUGAAAUUUUUGGUGCCUAACACUAGUGGUCCAUUUGUAGUUAAACCCAUGAGUAUGAUAUAUGAAUGUCUUUUUUUUAUGUUAAAAUGUGUUGUCUAUUUAAUAAGUUAAUUAAAAUGCAGAUAAAUGUACCACCAUUUGCUUUUUCCAUAUACAGUUAACAUUUCCUUAAACUGUGUAAGUAGCUUUGCAAAUGUAAAGUACUAGAAAUUGUCACUUAUGCUUUUGAGACCUAAUUCCAUUCCAUAAGUUGUCACUUAGCCACUGUUGAGAAAAAAAAAAGUACUGUCUUGGUAAAAGGUCAUUGUUACUUGGACUCAACACGUACUGCCUUUUUGCAGUGUUAUAGCAGUGUCUUUUAGCACAAAUAAUAGAGCUAGAAAAUGUGGUGUCACUUUUCAAUUAUAAGAAAUCUGGAUUCAUAUCUAAAAGUACACAUUAUGAUUCAUACUGUACAGUUACCAAGAGUUCAAAGCAAGUGGUAAUGUUUUCUCUCUAUUUAACUCAUUUUGUGCCUUUGGUCAUUAAAACACACACAUAUAUUUUACACAGUUUAAUAUAUGUUAUUUCUUUGUGAAAUGCUAAUCUUCAGCCCAUACCAAAAAAAAUCUUUUUAAAAAGGAGGGGACCCUCUUUGGAUUAGUACUACUAUUAAUGUUAAAUCAGUUGGAUUUUUAAACAUUUUUUAAAAGCUUACAUUAACGUAAAACUGAAAAACAGAAGUUUAAACAAACUGGCUAAGACACUAAUUUUUAUGUAUAGUCACAAUAUUUUAUACCUAUCUUUACUGACUAAAAAUAACUAUGCUAUAUGUAAGUCCUGCUCCAGAAUUCUUUCCUCUUGCCAGUGUUUUGGGAAUGAAGAUAAUGGUUUACUCUAAGAACCCAUUAUUUUCUCUACUGAGGAACCCAAUGUAGAACUUGCACUGAUAUUUUUAUUACUGACUUUAUAUGAAUCUAUAGGUAUCUAAAUGUUAAGGCAUAUGUGAUCUUUGAUAAAGUAUUCCUUUUUUCAAAUUAAAGUUGUAUAAAAGUUUCAAUAUUUUGCCUUAAAUUGGUUAACUGUUCUUUUUAGGAUUCAAGUAUUGUGGCAUUUAAAAAAGAAAACAUUCACUUUUGAUACUUAGACUACAGAUCAAAAAGGACUGAAGCCCCACUAUCAUAAUCCAUAGAUUUACCUACAUGCUGUUUGACUAGUAGUGCAAAUAUGUAUGAAUAUGGUAAUUAGUCUUAAUUAUUAUCUGUAAGAACCAAAUACUUUAAUUAUAUGAAGAUAGUGAAUAAAGAUGUAUAAUAUUUUUAUUAAUACCUUGAAUAUAUUCAGUGAAUUGAAUGUGACUUCAUAACUGUACUAUGAUUGUAUUAAAAUAUUUCUGGAAUAAAAGAACCCUGCUAUCA